ACAGAGCCCUGGAGCCCUCUACUAGUCUCUCUAGCUAGUGAAUAACUGCAAAGGAAGGUCUCUAGCCUCCUCUACCUUCCAACUCCGGAUUACAACACUAGCAACAACAACAACACACACAGCUAUUUCUCAGCUGGGCAUAAUGGUCCUCCAUUGGCUGUAAUUCCAGAACUUGGUGGAGGGAGGUCAGGAGUUCAGGUUCAUAAUGAGUUUGAAGCCAGCCUGGGCUACAGAAACAAACACAACCAUUUCCGGUAGUGGAACUGUGAAUUCUAAAGCCACGCCCUCCGAGGCAUACAUCUCCUUCUUGACAAUGUGAGCCAGAGAGAAAUGGUGGUCAUCCCAUGGCUAAGGGCUCCUGUCCUCGUUAGUCCUGUCUCAGUAACCGCUGCUCUUCAGAGUCUCCAUGGACUCAGCUGCAGGCGGUACGGAACACUCAGGCCCGCGCCUGCUCCCUGGCGAAGGGGACGCAGGGCCAUGGGACUUUCAGAGAUUUGAGAGCUCAGGGUGAUGCAGGUGCAGGCGCAGGGCGGGGUCUUUGUUCUUUUGCUCAUCCCUCCUCUGUGCCUUCCUCUCCGGAAACCAGCAACACUGUGAGUGUUGGUGAUGCUGAGCUGUGGAGGCCCAGUUUAAGGAGACAUUGGGGUUGUCGGGGCUGUGACAACUGUCAGGCCAUAAGUGGGACUGACCCCCGACUCUCACACCAGCAGCAGUCAUGAGCAGAGAGAACAACUGUACCACAGCUGAUCUAGCAUGGGUGGACCCGUGGUCGGAGAAGGACCCAGGAGGAACAGGGACCACCCUCUGGAAGGUCCGUGGAAGAAGUUCCCCUGUAUGGGAACCUGCACUAUUUACAGACAGGACGGCUGUCGGAAGAAUCAAGGUCAGAAGAGCAGGACCCAUCCUCCGGAGGCCUUGCCAGGGGAGCAGAGGAGGCCACGUGUUACACGAGUCUGCAGCUGCGACCAGCCCAAGGUCGGAUCCCCAGCUCUGGGACCCCCAUCAAGUACUGCGAGGUGGUGCUGGACUCUGAGCCAAAGCCCCAGGCCUCAGGCCCUGAGCCAGAACUUUAUGCCUCCGUGUGUGCCCAGACACGCAGAGCCCGUGCUUCAUUCCCAGAUCAAGCCUAUGCCAACAGCCAGCCUGCACCCAGCUGAGGAGGACCUGGAACCGUGGGCGCCCAUGGCUCAGCUGCUGGGUCAGGGACUCCUGCUGCCAUGGCUAGGGUAUGCCUGGUUUCUAACCAUCUCCAGGACAUUGAGACUUUGCUGAGUGACAGGUGAUGGCCUACUCUGAACUUCCUAAGUUGGAUGACGACAUACAUACAUCUCAGAGUAGGAAUGCUCCGGGUUUUCUGAGGACAGAUUUGCAAAGGGAGAUCCCCUCCGCACUUACCUUUCCUAUGGGCUCCUGUAAGCCCCCAAAGUCGUUGGUUCACACCUUUCGCUCCUUUUAGGGUUUAACAAGGUUCCCCAUGUUCUCUCUAAGCUUACCCAGAUACCUCAUUGUCUCCUCAGACACAGGAAGUGGGCAGGGAGGAGUGGGUAAACGCCAGGGAGGAUGUGGGUGGUUGUCAUGCAUGGGAGCCCACAGCUGGAAGGCUCCUAAGGUCCCAGGUUUGGUUUCUGACCCGAAAACCCUGGACAGAGAAUAGCCUUCAUGCUGUGGCCUCUGGCGUCUCCUGGUUUUCGAAUAAAGCAUCUCAAAACA